UUUCAGCCUAUUUACCAAGAGCCUUGAUACGGCAAUAAAAAUGCAUUGGAGGUCAAUAUGUUGCCCAGUAUGUACUCCGUCGGCUCCAGCCUCGAAAAGAACAUCGCAGGUGGUGGAAAUGGCGGUGGUGAAAACGCAGUACGGAGUGCUGCAAGGCUGCGUGUGUGAUGGCACGGAAGGGGGCUAUGUUGCGUUCAAGGGCAUCCCAUACGCUAAGCCGCCAGUUGGAGAUCUCAGAUUCAAGGCUCCCGAACCACCGGAGCCGUGGGAGGGUAUCCGCGACGCAACACAACACGGCCCCGUCUGCCCGCAAUACAACGAGCGCCUGGACCGCAUCGACCUCGGCAGCGAGGACUGCCUCUACCUCAACGUCUACUCCAGGACCCUCACGCCCCCCCACCCCAUCCCCGUCAUGGUCUGGAUCCACGGCGGCGGCUUCUACACCGGAUCGGGAAACUCCGACUUCUACGGGCCCGACUUCUUCAUGGCACAAGAUGUUAUACUCGUCACUUUUAACUACAGACUAGAGGUUCUAGGGUUUCUAUGCUUGGAAAGUGAAGAGGUCCCUGGCAAUGCUGGUCUUAAAGACCAGGUAGCAGCUUUAAAAUGGGUGAAGCAAAAUAUUGCCGCUUUCGGCGGUGAUCCGAACAACGUAACGAUAUUCGGAUGCAGCGCGGGAGCGGCCUCUACAUCCUUACAUUUAGUAUCUAAAAUGAGUCAAGGGUUAUUCAAUAAAGCUAUUUGCCAAAGCGGCGUGUGCUUGAACGAAUGGGGCUACACUUUAUACGGCCGGAAAAGGGCGUUCCAGUUAGGAAAGCGACUAGGCCUAGAAACAGAUAACCCGCAAGAAUUAUUAGAAUUUUUAAGAACUGUACCUGCUUCGUCUUUAAUUAGUAUACAAUUGCCGUUUAUAGAAUCAGGAUUAAGUGACAUCGCUGAUGGUAUUCUGUUCGGUCCCGUGAUUGAAAAGUCUGAACUCAACGUAGAAAAGUUUAUAACAGAUCUCCCUCCGGACUUGGUAAAAUACGGGAAAAUAGCUAAUGUCCCAGUCAUAGUUGGUUACACAUCUGGAGAAGGUAUAGAAAUAGCUAGAAAAUUACCGACUUUGAUGCCGUUUUUACCCGUGCCUGGAGCAGUUGUCCCACGAGAAUUGAAACUAAAAUGGGAGACUGAUAAAAUACAUGCAGCAGAUAAGAGAAUUAGGAAAAUAUACUUCGAUGGGAAUGAAAUAACACCAGAAAUGUUGCAGGAGGUAGCUAAUCUCGAAACGGAUAGAAUGUUUUCGUACAACAUACGUAGAUAUGCUCGGUAUCACUGCUUGUAUAACACAGAGCCGGUGUAUUUGUACAAGUUCACACCAGAGACUGAAAGGAACUAUACGAAGAAGCUUUAUAAGAUGGAGAGCGUGAAAGGCGUGUGCCAUUCAGAGGACCUGCACUAUUUAUUCCAUGUGACAUGUUUGGACAUACCGUUGACGGACGAGUCGAGGGGGGUUAUACGACAAGUAGUAAAACUAUGGACGAACUUUGCUAAAACGGGGAAACCCACAACGGAUAAUUUCGCAGAAUGGAAACCAUUCUUCGAAACGGAACGCAAUUGCUGUAUUAUCGCUCCCAAACUCAGCUGUGUCCAAGAUGUAGACGGGGAGCAUAUGAAAUUCUGGGACGACAUCUAUGGAGAAGCCGAGAUAAAAAGACUGUAACUUAAUAUCACACAAAAUCUGUCACUCAGACGCCAUGUCACCAAAGUGUAAAAACUGAAGUUGAACUUUAUGCAUAUGCACGUAGGUCUAUGUUGCUCUGUGGUCUGUGACGGAUUAAUCAGUCUUCGGCCUUGGACCUACGGUGCGGAUAUAUUCGUCAUUGGCGUCAAAAAUUUUAAACGCAUAAAGGAAUAGGAAAUUCAAAAAAUAAAAAUUAAGGAAUGAAUACUUAUACUUAUUAUUAAAUGUCACAAUUUCUUACACAAGUAUAAACUAUCUUAGUUAGACUGCAACACCGCACUGUGACAGAGAAGACUUAAUAAAAUAAAAGAUAAAAUAAGGUAAGAUUAUUAUUCUUUGUGCAAUAUUGCAGUAUGCACAUCAGUUAACCACUGCUUCGAAGACUCUUGCAAUAUCAUUCAUUAGCUUCGUUAUUUUGCUUGACGUUGUACUCAACUCAUCUAUAGAUAUUUGGAAAAAAACACAUUGUCUGCCUUGAGACUUCGUGGCUUAUUUGCCACGGCUCACUUGGGCAACUUAAUCUCAACAAGCAAUAGUUUUUUUUUUUACGAAAGCAACUGCCAAUCUGACCUUCCAAUUCAGAAAGGAAACUAGGCCCUAUUGGGAUGGGUCCUGUUUCUUCAUGAUUUUUUUUCACCGAAUAGCGAGUACAUUAAAUUCCAAGAAAGUUACUGGUACAAGUCAGGGCUCUGUGGGCAUCUCAACACCAAACAAAGUAAUCAAACUAUUGAUACCUGAUUUUCACAAUACCAAAGACACUUCACCCAAUGAACUAAAAAAUUCUUCAAAUUAUGGUUUUAGGAAUUCGAGGCCACCAAUAUUAUUCAAAUUGAAUUUUUUAUUUGACAGAAUUAUUAAACACAUUUUCCGCAUCUACCUAAACCUGGAUCCUUUGACUGCCCCUUGCACUCGGUGGAAUGGUAUCGGUAUGCCACGUUUUCACGACGGUAAAUGGUAGGAAAGAUAAGACAAAGUGUUAAAGGAAUGUUUCUUUUAUAACGCCUUCCGCUCUGCAUUUAGAUAUUUCCACAGACAAAACAUCCUCCAGACUUAGCAUAGUCGCGCUACCCCCUCUGCCACACAUACGGUAAUUUUACUCCAUGUUCGAGUCGAAAGAUCUUUGUGUGACGUUCGUGUCUUUCAACGGACCAAUCACGGCACGGGACUUCGCUCACCUCGUCCCGCGCACCCCCGCAUUUUUCGCAUCAUCGGUUGCAUGAAAUAAUUGCUCUAAACUCGGUCUAGAGGAUUCCUAGUCUAUGGAUAUUUCUUAUCUCACCGAACGCUGAAAAAUACCGACAUUACCUUUUGUCUCACUUUCAUCGGGGUCGCGGGGUCGUUUUUAUCAACCAAUUUCUCAAUGACACGUUUCGCAGCCAAUUAAAAAAGUAUCCGACAGAAGAUACUUUCACAGUUACUCGGUCACAAACACUCGCACUAAAUCGGGUCGACAGGUGAUGGCAACUUAACACGGGUGAUGUCUCAGUUCGUUGAGCUGCGGGCGGGGUGG